AUGGCGGACUACUCCCAACUCAAGGUUCCUGAACUCAAGAAGCUUCUUCAGGAGAAGUCCUUACCAAUCUCCGGAAACAAAGCAGAUCUCAUUGGAAGAUUACAAGAAUCUGAACAGAAGCCAGCUGGUGAAGCUACAGCAGCCGCCACAGGAGAGGAUGAAAUCGAUUGGGACGAAGAUGACGAGAAGAAAGCUACAAUAACUGCCGACGCCGCCAUGACAGCAGCUGGAGGCAAAGAAGAUGUUUCAAACCCUACGAAAGUCCCCAAUCAAGAACCCGCGAUCGAUCCUGCCAAGACAACAGAUUUAGAAGUGACUGGAGGAGAGGGUGUUCCGACAGCUGAAGAUGGUGCCGCAGCAGCUUCAGGUCCUACAGAUACAGAAGUCGCACCUGUACCAGAAGCACCAAAACAAGACUUUAGCGCCGGAAUCGAAAAGUCUGAUGCACAGAAGGAGGCAGAGAAACGUGCUGCAAGAGCCAAGAGAUUUAAUAUGGCGGAGGACGAAGAGGCAGCAAAAUUGACAGAACGUGCGAAGAAGUUUGGUUUGGAUAAUAGCAAGAUUGUUGAGGGAUUGGAUAGCGCAUUACCGGACAAAAGACAAAAGAGAGCCCGCGAAGAUGGUAGACAAGGAGGAAGAAAUGCGAAAAGACAAACACCGGAUAGGAGAUCACAACCUGCCCCAAAGCAAACGCAGAAUUCUGGUCCAAAAAAGGCUACAGGAGGACGUGUUACAGAUAACCCAGAUGAGAAGGCAAAGGCGGAACGUAGAGCAAAGAGAUUUGCGACUACCGAAUAA